AUGGUGCCUGUGCAGAAGAAUACGAGGAUCAGGAAGGCAUGCGACUCUUGUAACAUCAAGAGAACCAAGUGCAAUGGCCAACAGCCUUGUUUACACUGCUCACACAUGAAGCUGGAGUGCACAUAUUUGAGGAAGGAGAGGAAGAGAGGACGUGCCAGUGAUAAGUAUCCCAAGAAGAUCAGAAAGCGCAAGCCUAAAGAGCUGGAGAACGGCUUGAAUAAAGCGGACCCUCUUCAGCCACCAAUUUCAAUCCAGGAAUUCUCACCGCUGAAUGGUAAAAGGAUCAGAUCCCUGUCAAAGAGAGAUCUGCUUUCACCUGUUAUGCUUGAGAUUGACAAAUUCGGAUUACCCGUGGAAGUUGCAGAGGACUUACUCGAUUUCUACUUUGGUGAUGUGCUAUUCCCUCCAACGAACGUUUUCUCCAUUCUGAGACCAAGCAUGGUGCUGACCGGGAGAAGAAAGCUGAGUUCGACCCUGCUAUUGGCGAUUCUCCUCACAAGUAUGCUACACAUUGACCAUCCCUACUUUGGUGAAACCAGAAGAGUGUUGAUAUCACAAAAGUUGUACGGUGAGAUUGAGAAGCGGUUAUCUUGUGACCCGGCAAAGUUUGAGUACGAUGACCUUUUAGCAACACUACACAUUGGUUAUCUCAUGCCUUGGAUCACGUAUCCAUUGGAUAUUCUGCGUUGGUGGCCAGUCGGUUGUAAGGCGAUGAAACACCUCAUACUCGUUACUCAUGGUGUAGAUGAGGAACAGAAGGAAGAGCAGCGCCGUACAUGGCUCAGUGUUUACCUGUGGGACAGACUCAUCUCGUUCUCCUUUAACGAAAAACCUAUGAUGGAGGACGAGGAAUUUACAGAUAUAAUUAUCCCGUGCGACGAAGUGUUCUGGAUGAUGUCUGAUUUGACACCAAGACCUGCCGAGACAGAUCCAAUGAGGCCAACGUUUCAAAACUACCAUGGCUUUUCACCGGGAAUAUAUGGGCUGUUCUUACCCCUGGCAAAGAUCCUAGGAUUGAUUUUCAACUACAAGAGAGAUUCAAACAACAAAGAUGUUCUGGAACGGGUUAAUGAGCUGUUGAAAUUGCACAAUAGCCAUAUACAAAGCGCUGAAAAGUUUGCUAGGGGUAAAACCGGCAUCCCAGAUUCUCAUAUUGAACGGUUCAGAAGAGACUUGCUUUAUGCAAAGUUCAUCUCGCUCAGCAUUGAGUUCAUGAAACAGUUCAUCGUGGACCAUGGAGGCAAUUCAUACACCAUUAUUUGCAAUUUUGACAGUGAUAUUCAUCAUCAUGAAUACCGUAUCUUGGUGCAUGCUGUGGAAGUGCUGGAACAGUUAAUAAAGAUGGAUCCCGAAAUGAGGUGGUAUCCGUAUACACUUUCGAUCUUCUUAUUUGCAAUUGGUUACGCUGUAUUUUUAAUCUUAAACAAUAUGGAGAAAGAGGACGCUACAAAUACAAAGAAGAUUAACAAGUUAAAAUAUUUGGUUAAAGUGUUGGUCAGAACCAUGGAGAUCGUCUUGAUCCCCUUCCCUGCAGUAUUCUUAAAGACUUUGCGAAACAUACUGAACAGAGGAAAGAAGCACUAA